AGAGAAACGACAGCAGCAGUCGCCUGUUGCUCCAAACAGUCAAGCUGCUUAUUGUAAGUCACAGACUAGCAGCUUGUUCACACAGCUAUCCUGUCUAAACGGCGCUGUCUUGUUGAAUGCUCACAUUUAUUCGUUUUCCUCGGGACUUUGACACAAUGCAGCUGACUGCUGUUCAGAUGAUCCUUUGAGAUGGAGAAAACCUCAGCAGAAGAUGACUGCGUGGAUUCAGGAGCUGAGACUGGAGGGUCUGAUUACAGUCCCUUGUCCUCAACGAGCAGUGAGCUAUCCAUGUGUGAGCUCCAGGAUCCAUUUCUCGUCAGUGUCCACCUCAUCGCUGACCCCGGCCAGGGCAAGUUCCUGCAGCGUGGGCCUAGGCCCAAACAUCAUCCAAAUGGUAGCCCGGCAGUGACCAGCCAGCUGGCGAUGGCGGUCAUCCUCUUCCUUCAGGAGGCAUAUGGCGGCGAGCAGAUACUGACACUGCACCGCGCUCUACAGAGGCCACCUUGGUACUACCACCACACUGAAAAAGUCAGCAAUGGCCAGAGGAUGCUGCCCCUGACGCCAUGCAGUCAGGACUUUUUCACUCUUUCGCCUGGCACGCCGCUCUGGGCAGUGCGCCAGGUCCAUUAUGGGAAAGAAAUAGUGAGAUUUACUAUUUAUUGUCGGCAUGAAAAUUAUGGUGACAUGGUGCGGCUGUACAAGCUGCUGCUUCAGCGGAGAGUGGCACAGAAGAAGGAGGACUUUUGCUUCUUUGUGGUGUACUCCAACCCAGAUAUGGAGAUCCAAUUGUCAUUUAAGAGGCUCCCGCGAGGUCAGAGUCCAGUGGUGUUGGACUCGGCAGUGAUGGAGGUGAGAGUACGGGAUGUCGGAGCGCUGGUGCCCCUGCUGCCACACCCCUGCAGUCCAAUCAGUGAGGUCCGGUGGCAGACGGAGGACUACGAUGGAAAUAAGAUUCUCCUGCAGGUCCAAGGUGCACGUUUCAAACACAGACAAGAUCCCUGCUAUAUAUCAUCCGCUGUCACUGAAUUGGCCUCGGCUCCCUCCACCUUCACCCGCAGUGCUGCCUCUUACAGCAACUGUCGGUACAAUCACCGGAUGUCAUCUCGUCCCAGAGUCCACCAGACCUCCCACAGCUCCCUCCCUCUGGCCUGUGAGGAUGCGGACGAGCAGGAGCAGUGGGCUGACCGGCACCAUUCAGACAGCUGGAGGGCCCCUUGGAGGGGCCCCCAGUCUGGCUCCCUCUUCUCUCUACCCAACAUGGGUUCGGCCAGCUCCCACUCCACCUGCUCCUCUCCUGUACCUCCUCCCAGCCCCCACCUCAGGUCUCAUUCCCUUAACAGGAGCAUCUCCCUCGUCCCACCCUUCCGACUCAAUGUGGAUGCUCUGAUCGGGGCAGAGGAGACAGAUGUGGACACAGGGAACAAAGUAAAUCCAGGGAGCAGUGUGGACCUCACAGUGGUGUCUGCAUACAUCAGAUCCAGCCUGCCACAGACUUCUCGGCCGUUAUCUGCGCCGCCGGAAGACAUCGGAACCUUCCCCACUGCUGGCAUCCCACAGAACGUCUACAAGGCAGCCACACUGAGCCCCACUCCAAACAGCUUCUCCAUCAACAGUGCCUCUUCUGCCUGGCUGGGGCCAAAUAUCCAACACAGCAGUAUGCACACAAGUGCUGCUCCGUCCCUGAGCAACGUAUCCAUAAACCAGUCGGACACCUGCAGCGUUAUCAGUGCCCCAGCUGAAGAGGCAGACAAGCUAGAAGAAGAGCAAGAAUUCUACAUCUGAUGGAUUGUUGUAAAGUGAGAGGGCUAAAUCUCACCAGGAAGACACUUCAGGGCUGAGUUAGUCACAACAGCUCUACUCUGCUCCCUGGUGUUUGAUAGUACAACUACAGGCCAGUGACAGUAUAAACAGCUCCAAUGUAUUUAAUGUUCUCAUAUAUUUGUGAAUGCUGCUUUUUUGCCUGUAGAUUUGAGCUUUGUAAAUGUCAGGUCAUGUAAAUCAAUAAUACACAUUUAAAGGCCCAAUCACUUAACACUGUUAAAUAAAAUAAAAUCAUUUCAAUUCAAAGUAUGCUACACACAGUUUCUUUAAGGGGCUUACCAACCUUGAUUCUCUAUUUUAUUUACUUUCAGGCAUUUAAUCAAAACAACUGUUUAGGUCUGAGCACAAAUGUGAACAAUAUAGAAUUAUAUCCACACAGUGUAAAGUCUGUGGUACGUCUUGAGAUGCUGGUGAAAGCAGGUUAAAGCCUGUAAGGCCACAGCCGCUGAUGAAGUAAGAGUGACACCAAACAGACUUAUUUCAUGCAAGAUUGAUAAGCUUUGAUAGUAAAAGAUAAAAAACUGGCUGAACAAGUUAAGAAAUAAUGGACAAAGUAUAUAAGAAAAAAGAAACCAUGGUAGCCAGCUGAUAAUUCACACUGGUGCCUAAUUGGCCACAAACACUCCAAAGGUUAAGCAGCUAAGUUAUGAAACCGG